UGGCGAAGUCGCUGGCUGGCUGGGCGAUGCCGCCGCCGGGGCAGGAGCGGGCGGCGCCGGGGCUGGGGGCGCGCUGCAGGACCCUGUACCCCUUCUCCGGGGAGAGGCACCGGCACGGGCUGCGCUUCGCUGCGGGGGAGCUGCUCACCGUCCUGCAGGCGGGGCCCGACGGCGGCUGGUGGGAAGGGGAGACCGCCGAGGGGCUGCGGGGCUGGUUCCCGGCCAGCUACGUGCAGUUGAUCGAGAAACCUAGAAAAGUCACUCCUCCAACAGGAGAAGAUUCUCAGAAUGGCCUUCUCCCUCCUGGCUGGCAGAGUUAUAUGUCUCCCCAGGGCCGCAGGUACUAUGUGAACACUUACACCAACGAGACUACUUGGGAACGGCCAAGCAGCGUGCCUGGGACCCCAAAGAGCCCCGUGACACAGAAGAACUCCUUGCCUACAGUGAAUGGUUAUCACAUACCAGGAGCCUUGGUGUCUCAACUAGAACCUAGCCACAUGAGUCUCCGCAAAGUCAGCAGUGACCCUCAGAGUCCUGGGUCCCCCUCACCUACUCGGAAGCAGAAUAAGGAGACCACCUUCACGAUAAACUGUGUAACAUUUCCUCACCCUGAUGCAGUACAAGAGCAGCAGUUGCUUAAACCUUCCGAAUGGAGCUACUGUGAUUAUUUUUGGGCUGACAAGAAGGAUCCCCAAGGAAACAGCACCGUCUCGGGAUUUGAAAUUCUUCUACAGAAACAGUUGAAGGGGAAACAAAUGCAGAAAGAAAUGGCAGAGUUUAUUCGGGAAAGGAUAAAGAUUGAAGAAGAAUAUGCCAAAAACUUGUCUAAACUAUCUCAAAACUCUUUGGCUGCUCAGGAAGAAGGGACUCUGGGUGAGGCUUGGUCUCAGUUGAAGAAAAGCCUGGCUGAUGAGGCAGAGGUUCAUCUCAAGUUUUCUUCCAAACUUCAGGCUGAGGUGGAGAAACCACUGCUCAACUUCCGAGAGAAUUUCAAGAAAGACAUGAAAAAGUAUGACCAUCACAUUGCCGAUUUGCGAAAACAGCUGGUCAGUCGGUAUGCGGCAGUAGAAAAAGCCCGAAAAGCAUUAACAGAGAGGCAAAAGGACUUAGAGAUGAAAACACAGCAGCUGGAGAUAAAACUUAGUAACAAGACAGAAGAGGAGAUUAAGAAGGCCAGGCGGAAGUCUACUCAAGCGGGAGAUGACCUCAUGCGUUGUGUGGAUCUUUAUAAUCAAGCUCAGUCAAAGUGGUUUGAAGAAAUGGUGACUACCUCUCUGGAGCUUGAGAGGUUGGAGGUGGAGAGAGUGGAGAUGAUUCGACAGCAUCUCUGCCAGUACACACAGCUGCGACAUGAGACAGACAUGUUCAACCAAAGCACAGUAGAACCUGUGGAUCAGUUGCUUCAGAAAGUGGAUCCAUCCAAAGACAGGGAACUGUGGGUAAAAGAACACAAAACCGGUGAUAUCAGACCUGUGGAUAUGGAGAUAUAAACUGUUGUUACCCGCCUUAAGUGGCAAGGCCUGUUGGCUCAGCCAAGUUCAAGAGAGUUCUGUAAAGCCUCAGGAGGAGGACAGGAGAGACAUUCUGCUAUCGGCUUCCUUAUAUAUUUAUUAUUGAUAUGUUUGAUCAUUACUUCAUUUCCUAUUGUGGCUAUGCCUUAAACAUCAAACAUUCCAGAGUUGAGAAACCACUCUUUUUACUUCCUUUCAAACAGGCUCCUGUUAGCUGAGCAUGUACAGCUCUCAUGAUGAACUGUGAAGGCUGUUGUGUGGUACAAAGAGUUUUGCUAUUCUGUGAUUAAUUAAUAUGUGCUACUCCCCUUGCAUGAUGCUGUCUUUGUACAGUAAUGUUAGACACAGCAAGCCUCUGCCAAACAAAUGGACUGUUGAAAUUGAACAUGGCUCGGAAAACAGGCAGACCCUCCUGAACAUUGCCAUUUUAUUAGAUGGGAGAGGGAGGUUCUAGGAAUCACUCCUUACCUCCCCUUACACUAUGAAAUGGAGUUCACAAUGCUUACCUACCUCACAGGGGUGUUGUGAGGAUAACAGUAAAAGCUGUACAGUAAUUUUUUUCUUUUUCUUUUUUUUUUACACAUAACAAAGCUCCCAUAACUGCUAAUGCUCUUGCCAAGGGUGGCUUUUUCAGUAACCUGGGAAAAGAGGUAACGAGUCAGGAGAUGAUAACCCAAAGGAAGCCCAUUUAGAUGGUCCUCCUUAUAUUCCCUCUCAGGUACUCACUGGCUUCAAUCCUCAAGCUCAUGGUGUUAUGAUAUUCUCAUAAUGUUAUUGAUAUUUCUGGGGACUACCCCUGGGGAAGCUAUCUAAAAAUUGCAGCCGUUACCAUACCCUCUAGCAGAAAAGGAAUGGGCUGAAUAGAUUUAAAGCCAUGUUGGCUAGGACUCUGGUGUUGUACAGCAGGUACUCUUCAAAGAACGGUUUGAAUGCUUCCUUUGGAAGACUGUUUAACAAAUCAAAUUGAUCCAUACUGUAUAUAACUUGAUCUUUACAUUUCACCAAAUAACGUACAAUUUACAGAUUGCAGAGGGCACGACUUCCUGUCCUGCAUGUCUUACUUCAAAACUGUAUUAAUCAAGACUUUAUCAUUAGAUUUGGAUUUUGGUUUGGUUUGGUUCUUUUGCUGCUUGGGAACUCGGUAGUUGAGAGGCAGCAUUUAAAUCCCCUAAAUAAAAUAAAAAUGAAUAAAUACAGGUUGGAUUUUUUUGUAAUGGGUCCAUUCUUAUAUUCAUGCCACAGCAAGAUUCCAGCGGAACUUGGUUAUCAGGAGGUCCUAACACAUCUUUGGCUCUUGAUUAUCAUGGCAACAAAACCAGGUUUUCAUUUUGAAAUAUGUCAGAGCUCAGUUUUUAUUUCACAAGACCCCGAGUUCCAUUUAGUUCUCAGCAGGUGUUGAUGAAGAAAUCAUCAUGCAGCAAGUUAGAAAUGAUUGUGUGAAUACUAUAAAACUAGUUGUUUUCUGAAGCAUCACUAU